AACAACCACCCACUCCAAUUAUACCUUGUCCUUUCUUCUUUCUUCUCAAUCUCAAUCUCAAAUCCCUACAACCCCUCAAAUGAUCCUCAAACCCCCAAGGAAAAAACAAGAUUUUUCUCUCUUCUUCUCUCCCCCUCUUCCUCUCUUUUUCUCAAAAAUCCAGCUGCUAGGAUAAUAUAUAUGUCAUGGUUCUUUGUGUAACCUACAAAUAACACAAGAAACAAAAGGAAAGAAAAGAAAGAAAAAGUAAAAGCCCUGAAGCAACAAGGAAGGAAGGAGAAAAGGGAUGAAGAAAAUUUUUAAUCUGGCUAUAUGCUAAGGUUAUAAUUAACUUUCCUUUGAAAAUUAACAAGGAUGGAAAUGGAACUAUUCCCAGCACAACCAGACUUGUCCCUAAAAAUUGGCCCACCAAACAUCAAACCCUCAUCAACUAAUUGGAAGAGGAAAACAAGUAGUAGUAGUGAAGAUGAGAAUAUGGAUUUGGGGUUUUGGAAAAGGGCUAGGGAAUCAACAAAUAAUACUUCUUCUUGUUUUGAGCUUUCUUUGUCAAAUAAUCCAUCAAGACCUAAUUAUUCUUCUAACCCUAACUCUGUCCAUCAUUUACACCAUCUCCAAAAUUACAUUUUACACCAAAAUCAAGGGAUAAGCCCAGAGCUUUGUUUCUUGGAGAAACCCAUAAGGGGAAUUCCAGUGUACCAUCAAAACAUAUUUUCUCAAAAGCCCUUUGAUGUUAGUACUAUUGGUGCUACUACUACAUUUCCUAUACCUUCUUCUCCUUGUUCUAUGAACAAUAGUAACAAGAACAUAAGUAAUUCUUGUGCCUCUAGUAGGGCUAAUUUUCAUCAACAAGGUGGGUUUUUGAGAUCAAGAUUUUUGUCAAGAUUUCCGGGCAAGCGAAGCACAAGGGCUCGAAGGAUGCGAUGGACAAGUACUCUCCAUACUCGUUUUGUUCAUGCUGUUGAGCUCUUGGGUGGCCAUGAAAGAGCAACACCAAAAUCAGUUCUUGAGCUUAUGGAUGUGAAAGAUCUCACCUUAGCACAUGUCAAAUCCCAUUUACAGAUGUACCGGACAGUGAAGACAACUGAUAGAGCUGCAGUUUCUUCAGGCCAAUCAGAGGUAUUCGAUAAUGGUUCUUCUGGAGGUACAUCAGAGGAAUUGAUGGUCGAAACUGAAGAAUAUUCAAGAAGGUUUGAAUUAACAGUUCAACAAGCUAGAGGGAAUAUUCAUCAAGAAAAUGAUUUUCAGGGUCUUUGGAGCAACUCUCCGAAGUGAACAUCUAUACGCUACUUAAUAUUUAUUGUAGUAAAAAAAAAUAAAAAAUCAAGUAGUGAAAAAGCGACAAAAAAUGGGCAUAUCUAUUUUCUUUGGAUUUUGUGGGCUCUGAUAAGACUAUGGAAGAGGAACCAUAACUAGGAAACUUAGUCUCAAAGCUAAGCCCUAGCUAGUAAAAAAGUGAUGGCCCCAUAUGUGGAAAUUUUUAUAUGGUCAAUUGUGUAAAAGAAUCUUUAUAUUAUUAAUAUAUCAUUUGAUGUGUUAUAAAUUA